AUGGAUACUAUAGAUAAAAGUUGGAUGGAUCUCCGAAGAUCCACCAAUGAGUAUGAUCGUGGAGUGAAGUAUUUUCUUGAUAAGGCAUUUGAACGAGCUUCUCAAGGAAAUGAAAUACUAUGCCCUUGUAAAAGGUGUUUUAAUCGGUAUUGGCAUACUCGAACGGUGGUGGAGAAUCACUUGUUUGGUUAUGGAUUUGUUAAUGGAUACACCAAAUGGGUUUUCCAUGGAGAAGGAUUUUCUUCAACAAAUAUGCCGCAUCCAACCAAUGAUGAUGAAACUUCCGACAUGCUUGAUGAUAUCGAUGGACUACUUUAUGAUACUUUUAGGAAUGUAGAAGGUGAUCUGCUGCAUGAAGGAGUGAGAGAGGGACCAUCUGAAGAUGCAAAGAGAUUUUUCAAAUUAGUUGACGAAGGGAAACAAGAGUUGUACCCAGGGUGUAAGAAUUUUUCUAAGUUGAGUUUCACCAUUUGGUUGUACUUGUUUAAAUGCAUUCAUGGAUUGAGUAAUGUAGCCUUUUCAGACUUAUUAGACUUGAUAAAAGAGGCAUUUCCAUUUGCUCAGCUACCGGAGUCUUUCAACAAGGCAAAAAAGGUGAUAAAAGAUUUGGGUCUUGGUUAUGAGAAAAUUCAUGCAUGCCCUAACGACUGUAUGCUAUUUUGGAAUGACAAUGCGAAGAUAGAUAAUUGCUCUGUGUGUGGUUCUUCUAGAUGGAAGAAUGUUUGUGAUAAUGUGACUAAUAAGAACACUAAAAUCCCAGCAAAGGUUUUAAGGUACUUCCCUUUAAAGCCUAGGCUUCAGAGGAUAUUUAUGUGUUCUGAAACAUCUGUAGCCAUGAGAUGGCAUGCUACUGAACGACCCAAAGAUGGGAAUUUAAGACAUCCUGCUGAUGGGGAAGCUUGGAAGAAUUUUGAUUCAUUGCACCCGGAUUUCUCUAAAGAUCCUCGUAAUGUUCGAUUGGGUCUUUCAAGUGAUGGUUUCAAUCCAUUCCGAACCAUGAGCAUUUCCCAUAGUACAUGGCCAGUUAUGUUAAUGAACUAUAAUUUGCCACCAUGGAUUUGCAUGAAGCCGGAGUAUAUAAUGUUAUCAAUGAUCAUUCCAAGUCCAUCGUCUCCUGGAAACGAUAUAGAUGUGUUCCUACAACCGCUAAUUGCAGAGUUGAAGGAACUAUGGGAAAUGGGAGUGGAAACAUAUGAUGCUGAAACUAACCAAACAUUUCUAAUGCGUGCAGCUUUAUUGUGGACAGUUAGUGAUUUUCCAGCACUAGCAAUGCUUUCCGGAUGGAGCACCAAUGGGAAAUGGGCAUGCCCCACCUGUAAUUAUGAUACUUGCUCUCAGUAUCUCAAACAUAGUCGUAAGAUGUGUUACUUAGGUCAUCGAGCAUUUUUACCUCCUGAUCACCCAUUCCGAAGAGAUAAGAAAUCAUUUGAUGGUAAAGAGGAGCAUAAAGCUGCACCUACUCCCUUAUCAGGCAUAGAAGUGCUUGAAGAGCUACGUGAAUUCAAUAAUGUCUUUGGGAAGCGCCGAAAGAAAAGGGCUCGGAAGAGUGAUGGUCCAUGGAAGAAAAGAUCCAUAUUUUUUAAAUUGCCAUAUUGGGCACAUAACAAAUUGAGGCGCAAUCUUGACGUGAUGCACAUAGAGAAGAAUAUAUGUGAUAGUUUGCUUGGGACUUUGUUAGAUGUACUUGGAAAGUCCAAAGAUCAUGUAAAUUCUCGCUAUGACUUGCACGAGAUGGGGAUACGCAAGGAGCUUCAACCAUUUAAAGAUGAUAAGAAUGGUAAAAUUCAUCUGGCUAAAACUUGUUUCUCUAUGAAACCAGAGGAGAAAAGGUUGUUUUGCACUGUUUUAAAAAAUGUCAAAUUACCAAAAGGGUGUGCCUCUAAUAUAUCACGUCGUGUGCAAAUGGAGGAGCUGAAAGUAUCAGGAUAUAAGAGCCAUGAUGCUCAUUUCAUAAUGCAGUACUUGCUUCAGGUUGCGGUUAGAAAAGUGUUACCCAAAAAUGUGUCUUUGGCCUUGAUUAGGUUGGGGAAUUAUUUUAGAACCAUAUGUAGUAAGGUUAUAAGAAGAAGAGAUCUUGAUAAAAUGAAGGCUGAAAUCAUAGAUAUAGUAUGUGACCUUGAAAAGAUUUUUCCUCCAACCUUUUUUGAUAUAAUGACACAUUUGCCUAUCCAUUUAGUAGAUGAAAUUAAGCUUGGGGGUCCGGUUCAUUUGCGUUGGAUGUAUCCUAAUGAGAGAAACAUGUGUAAAUACAAGGGGUUCGUUCGGAAUCGAUCCAAUCCAGAAGGAUCAAUAGCGGAGAGUUUUCUGGCCGAAGAGUGUUUGACCUUUUGUUCAAGAUACCUACAUGAUGGGGUGAAGACAAGAUUUAGUAGGUAUCAGACUGAGGAUGAAGAUGUUCAAACAAAGGGAAAUGAUUUUUCACAUAUAUUUCCUAAGACAGGCCAUCCAAUUGGAAGUAAGAAGAAAAGGAAAGGCAAGACAUUUGACAUGGAUAGUAAUCAGUGGGUUGAAGCACAUCGGUAUGCUUUGUUCAAUACUGGAGAUGAACAAGUAGAUACGUUUAUCAAGGAACAUAAGAGUAUAAUUGAUAAACGUGGUAGAGGAAAUGCAUGGGCAAAAGCACGAAUUCAUAGUCGAGAAUUUGGUGAUUGGUUAAAAGAGAAAGUUAAAAUAGUUAAAGUGCCCAAUCAUAUAAUAUGGCUAUCUUAUGGGCCUAAUGUAGUGGCCAGAAGAUAUACUGGAUAUUUCAUCAAUGGAUACCGAUUUCACACGAUAAAACGGGAUGCCUCAUGCAAGACUCAAAAUAGUGGAGUGAGUUUGUCAGCAACAACUAAUAGUUUUGCUAGUGCCAGAGACCAAAAUCCCGUUGAAGGAAUGGUUGCCUAUUAUGGAGUUAUUCAAGAUAACAUUGAGAUUGAUUAUUGGGGUUUUUUUAGUGUUGUACUAUUUAGAUGUGAUUGCAUCUCAAGUGCAUCAAAUUUUUAUGUGGAGGAUCCAAUUGAGAAUGGGGUUUAUUAUGCAAGAAAUAAAGUCCCGGUUGAUUUGUAUGAAUUGGAGGAAGAGAAUUGUCCUAAUAUUGAAGAAACAUUUUGGAGGGAGCCUAAUGAUGACAUUGGCUCAUCAGAAAGAUUACUCGAUGUCGAUGUCAGAUGGUCGAGAGAAGAUCUCCCUGCUGAUAUCAUUGAUGUGUCUUCCCUUGCACAACAUUCACAAGAUGUAUCUAUGGAAACAUCGGAAGAGGAGGCUGACUUCGAUGAUACCGAUUGGGAUUGGAUGGAGCCUGAUGAUUGA